GCACUCUUUUCUUCGCUCUUUCUCUCUUUAGUACUCAUAUUCAUCUCAUCUCGAAUGCAAAAGAUUCUAAACAAUGCGAGCAAAACAUAAAAAAACAAAGAUCUGUAAUUUGGCAUUGAUAAAAAAUUUAAGAAAGAGAAGAUUAAGAGAAAAACAAUUUUUACGAUAUUAAAUACAUAAUUUUUCAUAUUCAUCAUCUGAGAGAUUAAAUGUCGAAUUCACAUAGAUGUACUUUAUUUCAACGAAAUGUCUGAUAAAAAAUUAGUAAAUCGCAUUGUUGCCUUCAGUAAAGAGGAAUAUGAUGAUUAUCCAAAAUCUCUUUCAUCAGAAAAAGAAUGGCCUGGUAUCAAUGUUAAUGCUGAUUCACGAAUGACAUUAAACAUACCAAUGCUCAUUAUGGAAUUAUAUCGAUUAGUACCUUAUAAGGAAGGCCGUUAUGUACAUUUUCAUCCGUUUAAUAUGCCUUAUAUUAAAGUACGUAAAAUUGAGCUAGUUGGAAUUGUUACAAAUGUUAAGCGCAAUGUCAAUAAUUUGUUUCUAACAAUUGAGGAUGGAACAGGAGUGGUAGAGAUUAAUUACAAAUUAGAACAAUAUCUGUUUCUAUUAAAACAACGACAGGAGAUUGAUGAAAAGUACAGGAACCAAGCUGAAAAUUUAAGAGAAACAAAAAUAGUCAAAAAUUGUCCAAAGAAAUUUCCUGAAAUACGUCCAGAAUUCACCUAUCCAUGUAAUACACCCUUACAAGAUAUAGCUAUCUUGGAGAACAAAUGGUGGUUGGAAACGAACAGUGGUCUAUUGGGUAAAGAAAUCCAACCUUUUGAUUAUGUUUAUGUUAUUGGAUAUCCUUGUUUUGAUACAAAAUUUCAAAAGAUACCGGAAGAGAUUACAACAGAAUUUAUUGAACAUGCAAAACUGACUGUGUUUGCACUAUCUGUCACAUGUAUUUCUGAGGAGAUUUACAAUAAAAAAUUAUCUACAUGGAUAAGCAACACUAUUCGCCAAAGAUACAAGGAGAUAGAAAAAAAAUGUACAGUGCAAAAAAAUAAUUAAAAUCUGAAAGAGAAUUGUACUAUCUUUAGUGAUACAUUAUAAGCAUUAUAUAAAUACAAGGUUGCACAUAUUGUACAUUAUAGAGUUAUGGAUCUAUAUAAAUUUUGUUCAAUACAAUAAUAUUAUUCAAUUCAAUAGAAUUAUAUCAACUUUAAUUCCUAUUACAAAUCAGAUGUUUUUCAGCAAUAUUUUCUGCACUUUAUUUUUUUCCUUUUUCUUCCAAAACUCGAAUAUUAUAUUUGCAUUUAUUUCAUUCCAUACCUCGACAAAUUUAUUGUUACAGACAAACAAAUAUAUCCAAGUAAUGAGCAUAAAACAUAAUUUAUAGACUGAUAAAUACAUCUAGCGCUGUCCUUUCUUAACAACUGCCGGUUAUCUAACUCGGCUCUCUCUCUCUUUUUUUCUUUCUUUCUUCUUAGGGUUCU